UCGAAAGCUGCGCACAGCGUAACCUUCUUCUUUUGACCCUGCCUAAAUCGUUGCUCACAUCGAUAUACCGAUUAGUUUUUGGCAAUGUUGCGAUACAACAACACAGUGUAAUAUAAACAAGUCUAAAUCUUUAUUAUUAAAACUUCCUAUUAAAAUUACUAUUUAAAAAUGGCCAUACCAUCAGCAACGGAUUCACUUUCGCUUGCGUUGAAAAAUCGCUUUCUUCCAAAUCUGGAGUAUUUGCUGCAAGGCUCCAUUCUAGACACAGCCGUCGAGCAUUUGAUGCAUAGAUUGAAAGGCCUAUGUGAUAAUGUGGAUACCUCUCCGGAGACGUUUCAUGAUCUCGAAGUAUGCAUGAGUCUGCGUCAGCCGAACUCUCCUCAGCCACUGCUGCUGCUACGCGUAAGACGUGCACUGGGACGCGAUGCGCCGUUCCAGCUGCGUUACCUGGGACAGCCGGAGGUGGAUAUGCGUAGGCCGACGCUAGUGCGCAGCUGCAUGGACUGUGCCUGCACCAAUGGCAUUCUCGACUUCCUAUCCGAAAUGGGCUUUCGCCUCGAGUUCGAAUAUAUAGCAAAAGGCUACAUGUUUCGCAAGGGUCGCAUGAAGAUUACCGUCUCCAAGCUCAUCAAAAUUGUGCCCGGCAAACAACAGGACAUGGCCAACGAGCCCAUCUCGCAGAGCUACAUUGUUGAGCUAUCUGUGGUGGCGCCCACGGGUCAGGAGAAUGUGGGCGAGGAGAUGCGCGUAUUUGCAGAGCAACUGAAACCGUUAGUGCAACUGGAAAAGAUUGACUACAAACGUCUGACCAAUAUACCAUGAAGCUAUUGCACUUCAUGUCCAACCGCGUGUUCUAAAUUAUACAAUUUGUAAACUUUUUACAGAACCAAAUGCUUUGAUUGACGAAAAAGUUAGCAAAAAGCGUAGAUCAAUGCCAUUUUGGAUAUAUAUAAGACAAUUUUACAUACCGAACUGUUUUAAUAAGAUAAAACCGAAGUUUUCAACCCAUUUCAUUCGAGUUUGUCC